AUGCGGCAGAUCAUUGGCAUACUUGUGCUCUUGCUGAUGCAGGUGCUCGCGGAGCAGCUGCCGACAUCUUCCAACAAUGCUAUGACUCCCAACCCAACAAUUUGCGGUGAAAUCGUCAAUAACGAGGAAGUUUCUAUUUUCGACGCUAGCCAAGCCUACAAUUGUCUGACGAGCCUUCCAUUCCACGCAGAUACUGCCAGUCAACUUGUCCAAUAUGUCAACGACAUGAUUCAAUUCCACAGUACUCUCGCCUAUUUGGCCGAUCCACCACAGAGCUACCAGCAGCCAGCCGUUGACCUCAUGGCCGGGCUGUCUCAACUCCAACGCGAUAUUGAUGAUAACGUCUUCCACAAUGAAUAUGCCUUUGAGACGGCUCUGAACCACUUGAUCCAUGCUGCCCAUGACGAUCAUCUUGAACUUGUCGGCGGCGCACUUUCUCGGUUUACCUAUGCAGCCCCUUACAGCAUCGUGUCUGUUUCAUUGGACGGGGUAGAGCUGCCCAAGGUUUACAUCUCAGAUGACUUAUUCGCCAACGAAACGGGUUGUCUUCCUUGGCAGCCGUCGGCCAUCGCGACCAUCAACGGCCAGGAUGUCGUUGAGUAUCUGACGCAGUUUUCCUCUGUCCACUCCAUCGGAAAGCUUGAGCCUCAUGCAGAUUGGAACAUGUUGAUGCGAAGUGCGGCAUUGGACGUCCAAGGAAAGCGGGAUGUCUUCCACGGAGCUACCACCUCCUACCCAGGAGACUUCAUUACAUUCACAUUCGAGAACGGUACCACGCUCGGGCCCCUUCCUUGGAAGGCUUCAUUCUGCUGCCAGGGGAGCAAUGGGCCGCUGCAGACGAUGGACGAAUUCUAUGAUUUUUUUGUCUUAGGCCGGCCAUCCGACAAAAGCCUGGCGGCAUCCACGACGACAAUUUCCAAGCGACAAGGCAUGAUGUCAUCGAACACAUCAACCCCCAACUUAACUCCUGUUGAAAAUCCAGCGUAUCCCUCAGAAGCUGAUGUCAUAGAUGCUAGCUACACUAGGAACGAGGGAGCGCAUGUAAGAGGUUACUUCUUGCAUGAUACCUCCUUAGCAGUUCUUAGCGUUCCGCAUUUUGCGGUUGACACCGCUGAAGCCCAAUCGUUCAGCAACACAGUCAAGGAAUUCCUCGCACGUAGCACCAAUGCAGGCAUGAAGAAAGUGGUUAUCGACGUACAACAGAACUCCGGUGGAAGCCCUUUGUUAGUACUUGAAGUCUUUAAGAUAUUUUUCCCUUCCAUUACGCCGUGGGCAAGUAGUCGUCGACGCGUUCAUCCAGUGGCAAACGCUCUAGGUUCCACCCUAACAAGCUACUGGCAGAACCUCACCAUGGACCAUCCGGAUUAUCGCAAGUUAAUAGCUAACGAGUGGGUGGUAACCGGCCGGCUGGACUUCGAUACUGGAAGAAACUUCACCUCGUGGGAUGAUUUUGUCGGACCAAUAGGUCAUUAUCGUGAUGGUUUUACUAAGAAGGAGCAAUACAAUUUAUCAAGCACCUUAUUUACCUUGGGGGCGGCUGGAAUUGAAAUUGAUGAACAUGACGACGGUCAGCCAUAUAAACCGGAGGACAUCGUUAUCCUGAGCGACGGGCUCUGCACGUCGGCAUGUGCACUUUUCAUGGAACUUAUGCAUCAUGAAGCAGGAGUGCGAACCGUUGUAAUUGGGGGCCAACCCAGCUAUGGCCCGAUGCAGGCACCGAGUGGAACCCGUGGUGCAGCAGUUUACAAGGCUGAGGAUAUGCAUGAAGAUAUCGACCUGGCGCGAGACAUUGACAAAUCGACGCAUGUGGACUUAACCAACCGCACGCAUGCGUUCCACAUUACGACCGCGUCGGUCAAUCUUCGAGACCAGGUCCGACACACUGACACCUCCGCCACUCCCUUGCAAUUUCUCUAUGAGGCCGCUGACUGCAGGAUAUUCCUCGUCCCCGAGACCUGGUACAACUAUACCAAUCUCUGGAAAUAUGCUGCAGACGCAAUAUGGCAGAAUCCCGCACUCUGUACCAAAGGCUCAAGGACGGGUCAUACCCAGCCGACUCAUCCUUCAGCUCCAGGCAAGCCUUACAAUGCGAGCAGUACUCUAUCCAACCUGGCGGACUCUCAAAUGGACAGGCAUCCAUCAAGUACACAACACGAAUCCGAAUUUAUCUUAGACGGCGCUCAGCAGCUGAAUGUGUGGUUGGGGCGUCCGUGCCACAAAGACGGCUACUGUGGAAAGAUAUCUGCCUUAUCAUGCCAGACUGUCUCUGUUUGUGAGUCUGGAGAGAAAAUGGGAGGGCCAUCACCGCAGAAGCGAUGUGUUCAAUGGUGUGAAGUGGACAACUCCAAAUGCCCCGAUCAAACAAUCUCCAAUUAUGAUGGUUAUCUGGGUUGUUUCGGUCUGAAGGGUAAUGCGCGGUGGUAA